UGUGUUUAAAUCAAGGAUAAUACUAGUUAAAGAUGUCCCACAAGUACACGGAGCUCAUUAAGCUCGGCACGCAGUAUGCCCGGCGCAUGAAUUACCUCUCAAAUCGCAUUUUCGGUGAAGUGGCACGCACCACCAACGAAAAGUCAAUGAAGGUGGUUCGCAUGUUCUCCGAAGAGCCCAUCCACAAACGGGACUAUGUCGUGAACUGGUAUCCACGGCAUGUGGAGACGCAUCUGCUGAUGAAAAACCUGCGAGAUUACGGCCUGUUCCGUGACGAGCAUCAGGACUUCAAGGAGGAAAUGAAACGUUUGCGCAAGUUGCGUGGCAAGGCGGCUCCCAAGAAGGGAGAGGGCAAGCGUGCGUCCAAGAAGUAGACAUAAAUAAAAUACACAAAACAACCUUUUUAUUAA